ACUCGCUUCUCCUUCCCUCCUCGCGGCGGGACAGACGUGAGCCACCACCAGAGGCAGAGCAGAGCAGAGCACCGCCUCGUCUCUUCCUCCUCCUCCGCGGCCGGCCAUGGCGCCUCUCUCCACCGCCGUCCGCCUCCUGCGCUCCCCCGCGGCUCCGGUCACGCUCCCUUUUCCGUCCGCCCGCCUCGCCGGGGCGCCAGCGCGCUUCCGGUGCCGCCGCCGGCUCCGGUCGGUUCGCGCGGAGGCGGCCAAGGAGGCGGAGGUGGGGGAGCUCAGGGCCGGGGUGUCCGUCUACAAGCCGCGCUCCUACGAGGUGCUCGUCUCCGACGCCGCCCGCUCCCUCGCCGCCGCCAUCGACGACGGCAGGACCCGCCUCGAGAUCGAGUUCCCGCCUCUGCCCAGCAGCAUCUCUUCUUACAAGGGGUCUUCGGACGAGUUCAUCGAUGCCAACGUCCAGCUCGCUCUCGCCGUCGUAAGGGACCUCAAAAAGCUCAAGGGGACUCGGUCCUGCAUAGUGUUUCCUGAUCAACCAGAGAAGCGAAGGGCCUCGCAGAUAUUCAAAACAGCUAUAGAUCAGAUCGAGGGUAUAUCCAUCAGUUCGUUGGAUGAUCUGCCGACCGGGCCUGUCGAUACCUUCUUCAAAUCGAUACGAAGUACCCUUGAUUUCGAUUUUGCUGAUGACAACGAAGAUCAAUGGAAGUCUGACGAACCGCCAUCAUUAUAUAUCUUUAUCAACAGCAGCACGGGUGACCUUUCAUCUAUAGAGAAGUAUGUGGACCAAUUUGCUGCCUCUGUACCUGCUGUUCUCUUUAACCUUGAACUAGAUACCUUGCGUUCUGACCUGGGGCUUCUGGGAUUCCCCCCAAAAGAUUUGCAUUACCGGUUUCUUUCUCAGUUCACCCCAGUGUUUUAUAUCAGACAGCGUGACUACUCGAAGACAAUUGCGGUCACUCCAUACAUAGUGAAUUACAGUGGCGCUGUCUUCCGUCAGUACCCAGGGCCCUGGCAAGUCAUGCUUAAGCAGGGUGAUGGUUCCUAUGCAUGUGUUGCAGAGAGUGCAUCUCGGUUCACUUUGGGGCAGGCCAAGGAUGAACUAUUGAGAGUUCUCGGUUUGCAAGAAGAGGUAGGCAGCCAGCUUGAAUUCCUCAGAAGAGGAUACAAGAAUGCUACUUGGUGGGAAGAGAAUUUCGAUCAGGAGAAAUCGCCCGCGUGGCGAACUUGAGACGCAGCUGCUGGUUCGACGCCGAAAUGCCAGUCUGACUGGCAAAUGGAGAUACAUAGGCCAAAGAAUGUUCAUAUAGUCCCUUGAAAACAGAGUGCUCAUGAAUCCUGAGUUGAUGAUGCAACUGAAAUUACAGAAAGAAGCGCACACACCAAUGUCAUAGUCAUGCAGUGUGGACAUUGCCUGUGCUGCAACUGUGCCAUCUGGCAACUUACAAGCAGCUUUUGAUGAAAAAAUGCAUUUUGAUUUCUUAA